CAAAUGGAUGGGAAAGUUGCUCAAUAUCAAAUAGUAUAAGGAAAAAUUGUCCCCUUUUCCUUUAAUAUAAAAUCUCCUCUGUUUGGAUCGGAUAACUGAUGGAGAAGUACCUUCCUUUCUCAAUGAAGCAUAGCAAUGUGUUGAAGGCUAAUUAAAAUUUCUUACAAUUAUCAAAAUAUUGAAAAAGGAACCUGCAGGAGAAUUUUAUUUGUCCAUAACUCCUUAUGGACUGUUCUAAUAUUCUUUAUCGCCUAUUGGGUCAUGUGUUUUUAAACUUAUGAUAAGGGCCACAUUUUCAAGUUUAAUUAACAUCUUAUUCCUCAUCCCUUUCUCUAUUAUUGACAUAAAAUUUUGCUCUGAUCUUGGUAUAUGUUUCUUAUCUCUUCUGGAAUGGACGGAUGAAUUUGCUUUCACUUUACAUCUUUGUUAUGCUGAGCAGCCGAGGGUUCUGACGAGAUUGAGAAGAUAUGGUGUUGCAGGAGUAUUAUCAUAUGGACUACUAAAUACUGCAUACUACCUUACUACCUUUCUUAUCGUGUGGUUUUAUGUUGCUCCAUCACCUGGAAGAAUGGGUUACCUUGCAGCAGUUGAACGGUUUCUCAAAGUAAUGGCCAUGGUAUGGGCUGGUAGCCAGGUUACAAAGAUUGUCCGAGCAGGCGGGGCUUUAGCUCUCGCUCCUUUUGUGGACACAGGAUUAUCAUGGUUUACAACCAAGAUGAAGUUUGAAUCACAAGGGAAAGCUUUCGCAGUUGUUGCCGGGUUUUGCUUUGGUUUGGCUUUUAUGCUGUUUCUCAUAAUUACAUUACUCUGGGCGUGAAAAUUUUCUGCUGUUCAUCCGUCCAAGUGGGGAUCUACCGAGUUCUUCUGUUGAAGGUAAUGCUUGUUCAGUCACUUUCUAUGGAAAUUUUGUACGUGGCCUUGGAGGAUCUGACAAAAGAUGAUGCAUACCCUUCUGUCUUUUUAUCACGAUAGUAGUAUUGAAAAUACUUGUAACGCAUUCCCUAGAAUUUCUUGCAUAUGGUGUUGUCUUGUCGUGCUAAGCUUGUGUAUCUUUGAAGUAGCCUUCGUCAUGUAAUCUGUAGGAGAUGCAAUCGAAGCUCUCUUACUGUUUGAGUAAUCAACUAGUCAAUGAGAAAUACUUCUGUCUGAAAUACUGAAGUCAUGCUUUGGUAUUGGUUGUCAUAAUGUGCAAACUGAUAAUAUACUUACGUUUAACUGUUCAUAUGGAUUGUUGAUGAUUAUAUUUA